UCCACGUUCAAUUUUCCCGCAACCAUUUCAUCCAACGACUGCUGAAAUUGAUAGGGGAAAAGGGAAAAUGUUAGCUGCGCCUUCUGCUUCACGCCUCAGCUCUCCUUUUGUCUACUGCCCCCUGCAGCUCUCCUCUCCAUCCUCAUCUUCCACUAAAUUCAUCAAAACGCAACGCUCUCCGGCUUCGUAUCCAUGCGUCAGAGCAGCUGAUCUCGAUCAGAACACUGUAGUGGCGAUUGCAGUUGGAGUGGUCAGUGUUGCAGUCGGGAUUGGGAUUCCUGUUUUCUACGAGACACAAAUUGACAGUGCUGCCAAGAGAGAAAAUACUCAGGCAUGCUUCCCCUGUGAUGGCUCCGGUGCUCAAAAAUGUAGAUUCUGCAUGGGAACCGGCAGUGUGUCCGUUGAACUCGGUGGUGAUGAGAAAGAAAUCUCUCGGUGCAUCAACUGUGACGGGGCUGGCUCGUUGACCUGCACCACAUGCCAGGGCAGUGGCAUUCAACCUCGAUACCUUGAUCGUAGAGAAUUUAAGGACGACGAUUGAGCACUGCAGAGAACACGGAUGCAGUUCAGAUGAAUUCUUUGAUGCCAAAUUAACUGUCUUGGAGUUACAUAGAUGGGGCAAUGACAGAUUUUUUGUGCAUACUUUUUUUCCUGUAUUUCUUGAAUUUGAAGUCAAAACUGUAUCAGUUGUUCAGAAAAUUAAAAACGUCGACAGCAGGGUUCGAACCUGCGCGGGCGAAGCCCAACAGAUUUCAAGUCUGUCUCCUUAA